AUGUCGAGCCUGACAACGACGAGUUUCCAUGUGCAGCGACCCUCAGUGAUGCGCUUCCGCGACGCACUUCACCGGUGGGGAAACUGGUCUAAUCCUGGUCUGCCCGAUGACCUGGACAGGUGGAGACAACGCCCCUCUUCGCCUACUCCGCUUGAUCAAUCGGCACCGUCAGCAAACUUUCAUUAG